UGUUAUGACGCAGUAUUUCUGGACUUUCCCACCAUCAGCAAAAACCCUAAGGAAUACAAGAUCUGGUGUUGACUAGCAAGCGCGACGAGAUCCCUGUUUCCUACAAAUUGGGUUCUCUCCCUCUAUUUCAUCCCAACAUUCCUUUCUCUCAGCCACCAUACUUCCUCAUUUCCUAUCGGCUGACCCCUCUGAAGGUAAAGCUUCAAUUCGGACAAGAUGUUUGUCCUUAAAAAUGUUGGCAAGUUUAUCUUCGGUACCGGUAGCCAAGAGUCCAUGAUCGAACUGCCUCAAGGCCAACUCUACCUAGUCCGACCGUUAUCACCCAAAGGAUACUCUGAGCUUAUCUUUAAGGACGCUACCGCUCGUAUCCGUCGAACUGGUCAAGACUUUCAAUAUCAACUUGUCGUACAGCGAGUUUACGAGGAAGGCGAGGCUGAGUUGGCGGACGAGGAAGGUGAAGACGAAGAACUUAACGCUCUAGCCGCCGAGAAGGACGAGAAGACGUUCCUUCUUGACGAAGCCCUUCACUUUCGCGUUGAGAUUAGAGAGGGAUCACAGAACAUAAUUGCUUGGAAGGAUUUGAGUGGCGACGUCGGCGACGUCUACGAAUUUGUUUGCGACCCUUCGAUCAAAUCCGCGCAAGUUGGAGCAUUCGAACGCAUCGCGAAACAGUGCCAAUACGAGCGCAAGUACAGAAAGCCGCAUUCUACUGCCUCUGAAGCCGAUCUUGAGCAGUUCGAUUUCGAAGAGCAACCUAUCCCUCAAGCUAGCCCUAUUCACAGCCCAACUCUAGCACGAUCUAUCGAAUCCUCCGACGCAAUGUUUCAGUUAAAGAACGAGGCAAGCGCUAGCGCUAAGAGGGAUAGUAUCCCAUCUACUUCGUCUGUGCUCGCAGAAGCUGAACUUGAAUCUGGAGUCUACGAAGAAGAGGAGGUCAAGACAACGUCUUCUAAGCAGAAUGAGCCCCCUCAGCCUCCUACCCAACCGGAGCCAGUCGAGAUCUUGUCCAUGGAAAUCGGCGAGCUCCACUUUUUCGACUUUCCCUCGGGGGCCUUCGUUAUUCGCGACUCAUCUGUCACGGCUCAGGUGUCAGAUAUUGGUAACUGGAACUACUGGCUACAUAUUGCUAGCAGUGACCGGCAGUGGCUUGGUAUUCCAGUCAUUGCUGACAUCAACCCGGUCUUCAACUUUGAAUUCCUAUCUUUUAUCUUUAACCAAUUCACUGAGGAUGGCUCUGCUUAUUCCUGGCUGUUGAGGUUCAAGGACACUAAGACACUGGAGAGAUUCCAGGAUGGUCUGAUGAGGGCACUCUGGGAACAGUUGAAUGAAGUCAAGUGGACUAAGGUGAAGGAACAAGAUCGUCAAUAUGUGUUGGAUGCCUUCGGGGAUCUAAAAAUGGAAGAUGCACCAAUUGAAGAAGAAGAGGAAGAGGAAGAGAUUGAACCAGAGGAGGAGCCCGAGGACGACGCGCCACGAAGCGAACACUACGAUAGUGACGAGGAAGAAGAAGACGUCGAAACUGGGCCAAAGGACCCCUACACCAACUCCGCAUUAGCUGUUGGUUACAAACAUGAUCGCUCUUUUGUCGUCCGAGGUCCUAAGAUUGGAGUGUUCAAGCAUACGCCUAAGAAUCACUUGGAAUUCACUACCAACAUUUCCAAAGUCGAGACACCAAAGGGCGCUUCUUUUGUUCCUAAGAAAGUCAUGUUGCACAACGAAGAUCGCAAUCUGAUCCUGCAGAACGAUACGGACCCCAACAAGCUAUAUCGCAUGGAUCUCGAGUAUGGAAAGGUGGUUGAUGAAUGGAAAGUCCACGACGACAUCCCUGUCGUCACUUUUGGACCUGAAAACAAGUUCGCGCAGAUGACACAUGAGCCGACAUUCUUGGGUAUUUCUCGCAAUGCACUGUUCCGUGUCGAUCCUCGUCUAUCCGGCAACAAGCUUGUCGACUCUCAACUCAAGCAGUACGUAUCGAAGAACGAUUUCUCGUCAGUAUCUACCACAGAGAAGGGCUACGUGGCGGUGGCAUCCAACAAGGGUGAUAUCAGACUUUUCGAUCGUCUGGGCAUCAACGCGAAGACCGUCAUUCCAGCUCUCGGCGAACCUAUCAUUGGCCUUGAUGUGUCUGCAGACGGUCGUUGGGUGCUUGGAACAUGUCGCACAUACCUGCUGCUCAUCGAUGCACUGCAAAAGUCCGGUAAAAACGAAGGCAAGCUAGGUUUCGAAAAGCCGUUCGCCGCGGACUCCAAGCCUCAACCUCGCCGUCUCGCGUUGACUCCUGAGCAUAUUGCUCAAUUCCACCACGAAACAGGAAAGGGUGUCUCGUUUACCCCAGCACGAUUCAACACAAGCAAGACAAAUGAGGAGUCAUCUAUCAUCACUGCGACUGGCCCAUACAUCAUUGACUGGAACCUCGACAAGGUUCUUCGUGGAUCUAAAUCACCUUAUAUCAUUAAGCGCUACGAAGACAACGUUAAGGCCGACGACUUCAAGUUUGGCACCGAUCAAAAUGUUAUCGUUACCUUGCCCAAUUGGGUUAACAUGGUGGGAAAACAACAUCUCAAGAGGCCCACCAGAGAGAGUAUCGCAGGUGACUUCCAACCGAGACGAAGCUCUGCGCGGGUUGGCACACGAGAGAGCGGACGUUACAAGCUUGGCAAGGAAGACGUCGUCAACUCUCCUUACUAGAUUGCUAUUGGAGAUGCAGCUUCCACUGAUGGACAAAGAAUCGAUGCGCGAUUGUGUUAAUUGAUUUCACGAGAUUACGCCUUUUACUGGUGCCGGACACGAGUCCGAGCCUUUAUUUCCUAUUUUCCCACAUACCCCCGCCGGCGUUUAGGAACGGACGGAAAUGGGUGUUGAUUCAUUCCUCAUGGGGCCAGCCACUUUGGCUUAGGGCAAGAUAAGAUACCUGUUUUUCGGUGCGCGGUUGAUCAUUUCGCCUAGGUAGUUAGAUAGUAAUAUACCUCGUCGAGGGAUCUCUGUUGUUCGAGACUUUGGAUUGAGAUUGAAGAUGUUUAUGGUUUUCAAUUUAUCAAUGUCGUUGUUUUCAUGUGAUUGCAAUGGGAGGUCUACCCCAUGCACCUGGUAGAUAACUC